AUGGACUUGCCCGGGGACUCCAGCCCGUCUGGCCCGCCGCGUCUGUGCCGCCAGCCACUAGCGCGAGCAUUAUGGGCAGCUGGGAGCCCAAAGCGGCCGAGGCUGCAGCUCCAGGGGGCUCCUUCGCCCCUGGAAAAAGCCUCCCGACGGGUCCUUGCCGUGGUGCUGGAAGAUGUCAUGGCUGCCCACAUGGCUCCUCUGGUGCCCCAAGAGGAAGCGUCCAUCCCUCUGCACCACAGCAACCAUUGGGAUUCCGUCCACAGCCAACCACCUGCCUCAGCAUCCCAACAGUCUGUGUGGUCCCCACAGCCCAGGUCUCCCAAUCCUCUGCACUUGUGCCGAGAGCCCUUGAGCCGUGUCCACCGGCCCCCUUCAACGCUGAGGCGACGACCAAGGACAAGCCCUGGCCCAGAGGAGUCCUCUUCACAGGAGGUGGACCGGGUCCCCCAGCCCACCCUGGUGGUGAUGCUGGAAGACAUUGCUGGUCCCAGGCCCCCAGCUGAGGGUUUUGUCCACGAGACCUCCAACUUCAUCGUUCCAGCACGAAGAGCCGAGCCCAUGACAGUGGUUCACCAGCCACUGCCUGUGCCCAGGGACCUGGAACCCCCAUUCCAGUCACCUGCCCUGCCUGUAGGCCAUUCAGAGAGCCCACCACCAGCCCCAGAUCCUGACCUGGAGUCCCCAUCAACCCCACCGACGUCCAGCCUUUUACGUCCCCGUCUCAGUCCCUGGGGCUUGGCCCCCCUCUUCCGUUCCGUCCGCUCCAAGCUGGAGAGCUUUGCCGACAUCUUCCUCACACCCAACAAAGCCCCGCAGCCCCCACCCCCGGCACCUCCCAUGAAGCUAGAGUUGAAGAUUGCCAUCUCAGAAGCUGAGCAGUCCAGGGCACCUGAGGGUGUCACAACCGUCAGUCCCCGGCCGCCUAUCCGCCAGUGGCGGGCUCAGGACCACGGUCCCUCAUCGUUGCUCCCUAAGCCCUCUCUGGGCCGAAGCCACUCCUGCCCUGAUCUAGGGCCCCCUGGCCCAGGUGCCCGCACCUGGCUCCCCAUCCCAGCCCAUCUAAGCCGUCCUCGUCCCCGGCGCCAUACCGUGGGUGGUGGAGAGAUGGCCCGAGCCCCACCACCACCUCGGCCCUGUCUCCGGAAAGAGGUGUUUCCUCUCGGAGGAGUGGGAGCCUCCCCUCCCCUCACCACAUCUUGUUCGUCCACUGCGUCCACGUCCUCCUACUCUGAGCCUGCAGACCCCAGGCUGGGCUCACCCCAGAGGAAGGAGCCAAGGGCCCCAGAGGACCAGGUCCUUUCAGACCCUGAGACCAAGAGCAUGGGGAAGGUUUCUCGAUUUAGAAUACGCAGGACACCAGCCCGGCCUCAACACAACCUUACGCCCAUGGGGCUGCCUCGACCAGUCAGGUUGAACAAGAAGGAGUUCAGCUUGGAAGAAAUUUACACCAACAAGAAUUACCAAUCACCCACAACCAGGAGGACCUUUGAGACCAUCUUUGAGGAACCCCGGGAACGCAAUGGAACUCUGAUCUUCACCAGCUCAAGGAAGCUCCGGAGGGCUGUAGAAUUUCGGGACAGCAGCCUUCCUCGCUCCCGACGGCCCUGCAGAGGGGUACGUGCUGCAGCAGGCAGGACCCUUACUCCCAACCUGGCCCCUAACCCAGACGUGGGACCGCUGCUGCAGCAACGGCUGGAGGAGCUAGAUGCGUUGCUCCUGGAAGAGAAGGAGGAGGAGGAAAUGGAUGGGGAGCAGCCCCACUGGACCUAG